GGGAGCCGGGAGGCGGGCGAGGAUGGCGGCGGCGGCGGCGCCGGCGCGGGAGCUCACGCAGAACCCGCUGCAGAAGACAUGGGAGCCCUACGACAACGGGCUGCCGGCGGGGCACAGCGCCCAGCGCGGCGUAUGUAUGACCAAUUGCCCUACUCUGAUUGUCAUGGUGGGCCUCCCAGCAAGAGGAAAAACCUACAUCUCGAAGAAGCUGACACGUUAUUUAAAUUGGAUUGGAGUUCCUACGAAAGAAUUUAAUGUUGGUCAAUAUCGUCGAGAUUUGGUGAAAAAGUAUAAAUCUUUUGAAUUCUUCCUGCCUGACAAUGAAGAAGGCUUGAAAAUCAGGAAACAGUGUGCCUUAGCAGCGCUGAAUGACGUCCGACAGUACCUCAGUGAAGAAAACGGGCACGUGGCUGUCUUUGAUGCUACAAACACAACUCGAGAACGUAGAGAAACUAUUUACAAAUUUGGUGAAGAAAAUGGAUAUAAGACGUUUUUUGUUGAGUCUGUAUGUGUCGAUCCAGAGGUCAUUGCUGCAAACAUUGUGCAAGUGAAGCUGGGUAGUCCUGACUAUGUUGAUUGUAGUAAUGAUGAAGCAACAGAAGACUUCAUGAAAAGAAUAGAGUGCUACAAGAACUCAUAUGAGACGUUAGAUGAAACUCUUGACAAGGAUCUUUCUUACAUUAAAAUUAUGGAUGUAGGAAGGAGUUACCUUGUGAACAGAGUAAUCGAUCACAUUCAGAGCCGGAUUGUCUACUACCUCAUGAACAUCCAUGUGACUCCUCGGUCAAUCUACCUCUGUCGGCACGGAGAAAGUGAACUCAAUCUGAAAGGGAGAAUAGGAGGAGAUCCCGGACUGUCUGUCAGGGGGAAAGAAUUUGCCAAAUGCUUGGCACAAUUUAUUAAUGAACAAAAUAUCAAAGACCUGAAGGUUUGGACCAGCCAGAUGAAAAGGACGAUUCAGACUGCAGAAGCCUUGGGAGUGCCUUAUGAGCAGUGGAAGGUUUUGAAUGAGAUAGAUGCAGGAGUAUGUGAAGAGAUGACAUAUGAAGAAAUACAGGAAAAUUACCCACUUGAAUUUGCACUGAGAGACCAAGACAAGUACAGAUACAGAUACCCCAAAGGAGAGUCCUAUGAAGAUCUUGUUCAGAGACUGGAGCCUGUAAUUAUGGAACUUGAAAGGCAGGAAAAUGUGCUUGUCAUAUGUCACCAAGCUGUCAUGCGCUGCUUGCUUGCCUAUUUUCUUGACAAGCCUGCAGAACAACUGCCUUACCUGAAGUGCCCACUGCAUACUGUCUUAAAGCUAACCCCGGUGGCUUAUGGAUGUAAAGUAGAAUCCAUAUUUCUGAAUGUUGAAGCUGUCAACACACACAGAGAUAAACCCGAGAAUGUAGGUGUGGAUCGCUCCCGAGAAGAGGCUUUGAGGACAGUGCCCAACCACCUAUAGCCGCAGGUCCCGGGGCCGCAGCCCUUCCCCCGGGCCGGAGGCACCAGAGCUGCCACGGAACCGCCUCCUCUCCCCUUCACAUUGCCAACGUGAUUCAGCUUCUCUGGACAAAACCUGUAGUUGUGGAGAACUCCCAGUGCCCAAAGGUAUCUAUAAAAAGAUGUGAUGGGAAGCAGAGUAGAGUUGGAUUUAGAGAUGGGGUUUGUUUGGUGUAAAUUCGUGCAGUUUCAGUGGUUUUUAUUGUUCAGCUGUGGAUACUGCAAGGUGGUUAAUUGCCCACGUCAGUUCUACUGGCAGAGUUUAACAAGGUUUUACUUUCUUUUCAAAGUGUUUUUCUAAGGGUUCCUCUUGCUUUUACUGUGAAUGGCUGCCUGCAGUUGCGUGGAGACUUUUCUGAUGGCGCGUUUAACAUACCUGAAAUUCUCCAUUUUGAGCAUUGGAGGCUUCAUGGUGCAAAACUACUUUACAGGGGAAAGGCUGUCAGCUCUCAUAGCUUCUCUGGGAUUUCAAUGCAACUUCAGUUUGCCAACCACAACUUAAAUUGUCCUGAAGUGGGGAGACUUUUUCCCCUUGGAAAAGAAAAGCAUUGAAGUGAUGUUUUCUGCCUGAAAGACUCUGCUUUUUUAGCAAGACUUUAACAUUUUCCAGGGGCUGGAUGUUUGUUGGAGGGUCGUGGAAGUAGGGGAUGUGAGUGUGAGUAUAGCUGGCAGCCUGGGUAAUCAGAGAGAGGGAGGGAGGGAUGUCCUUUCUGCUUCAGUUACAGGAGGAGACCAGCAGCUUUUCUGAGAAGGUAGAGGAAAGGAUUCAGACUGCCAAGGGCUGGAGAAGCUGCUUGUGUUAUUUAGGGCUGUGAUUAUUUUUCUUCUAGGUGAUUUUUGAAAUGAAUUUCAACAUGAAAGUGUAUGUUUCUCUUUUAUAGCCACAUUUAAUAUGUACAUCGGGAAACAGUACAGAAAGGUUAGGUGGAGUUUAACCAUUCUAACAGCUCAUGCAGGAGAAACACCAGGUAAACUCUGAAAUUACUUGUAACGUGGCACAGCUGCCUUGGGUUUGGGGCUGGGCUUUGUGUUGGUUGUAAGCAUCCCAGUUCCUCCCUGCUUUUUUGUUAUACCUUGUGAAACUCCAGUGCUAAAAAUGGAAUAUGCUCUGUGUGCUGAGGCCAGGGCCCUUUCCCUGUGGCACCCAGAAGGGGUGUUUGUGUGUGUGCUCCCAGGCGACUGAAGGGUGCUGCCAGCACUGCUGCUGGCUCCCGGGUCUGAAACUGAGGAGGAUUCUUCUUUGGGAGCUGGGCUGCAUCUGUUUUAAGGACUUCAAUUCAUUGAGCUUUUGCCAUGUGGUGGUGUUUUGUUGUUGCUCUUUCUCUUUUUCUCAAUUCCUGUGUGAACCACCAGGCCCUUUUACCAUAGUUUUGCAGAAGAGGGCUGAGUCGUCUUUUGUUUGUGCAGGGUUUGUAAAAUAACGUGCUGCUGUUGUGAUUUGUUUUGUUAAGCUAAUUUCAGCAAUAUCUUCAGCUCUGGAAGUAAGCCAUAGCCUUUGGUGGGGUUCUGGCUCAGGAGAGGAAGGUGCAGGGUCCAAGAGCCCUCAGAACCACUUGCUGUCUACAGCUUUGUGUGUGGGAGCCCCGUGCUUGGUAAUGCCCGUCACACCUUCAGUGGCCGUAGUUAACUGUGUGAGGAGAGAGACCACACAGCACUGCUCAGACAAGCUGGUUUAUGGAGGUGUAGUUCACAAGGUCACCUUUGUGGCAUAAAGGGAGAAGUCAUUCCCCCUCCUGCACUGCUGGCUGUUCAGCAGGGAAAGGUGGGGCUGUGCUGAGGGCAGCCCUCACUCCUCCGGCCUCCAGCCCUGACUAGGAGUUUAAACAGCUUUUAAAUGGAGAAGGUCAGAGCUCUGCAGUACUUAGAGAGGCCAAAUCCCAGGAGACUGUGUUUCAGAAAAGCAUGGUGGCCCAGCAGACCAGGGUGCUGUUUGAGCUCAGACCUGGUUGUAGAAACAUGGAAGAAAUGGUUUCCCUCUGGGAGAACUGAGCCAAGGGCUGCUCCUCUUCACUGGCAAGCACGGCUUGAGGUGUCUCCCCUCUCUCCUUUUCUUUGUUUGACCCCUCUCCACUUUCAGAGGUGCUGUAAAAUUCCUUGAGGCUAAAUGUUUUAUGUACAGUAGGUAUUUUUAUAGCCUGCUUUUGAAUAUACUGUGAUGUUUUACUAAGUUGGGUGUUCAGUAAAAAAAAGAGUUGUAUACAAGUGUAAAUAAACUGUUCUGCUGAUACUUGAAGAGAAAAAAUAAUGAAGCUGUCUGUUGUACUUUAGGAAGUUACUAAAUCACUGACUGCACCUGACCCUUUCUAGCUGGCAGGGCAAGUGUGGGCCAUGAAUGUAGAUGGGAAGGGAGUGAUGGGUUCUCCCCUGGGGGUAGCUGCCUGCUGGAAAGGCCUUUGUUCAGAACUGCAGGUUAUUGACACUAAACCAGGUGUGUAUUUUCCCCCUCCUGCCCAUACCACCACUGACAGGGGAGGUGAAAACCCUCAUCCUGACCUUGUGUAUUUGUACCCAUGUUUAUUUCACUCCUUCUGACUGUUAAUGCACUUGCUCACUCAGCUGCAGUCUCUCCAGCAGGAUUAAACUGUCUUUUCUUACUUGUUGGCCUUUGUUGUCAUCUUUCAGACACAUACAAUCAUUUGACCUUUGAUCCAAGUAAUAAAGAUCAAAUGCUUCCA